AAUGUAGUUCGUUCAUAAAAACACAAUUUCUGAUUGUUUUCCUACUUUUCUGUAACGACUAUAGUAGAUUUUACAAGUAGUGUUAUAUUUUCCCAAAUAUUUACAAAAUAAUUUAUAAUCUCUAAUCAAUGAAGAUAACAGUUUUUAAGAACGUUAAAAUAUUUUUUUUUGCUUUAGCCAUUUUUAUUCUUUAUCAAAUUAUUCUAACACUAUAGGUUUUCAUUAUAAGACAAACACCAAUGUGGAUACUAUAUUUUUAUAAAAUCAUAAUUUCUAGAUUACAUUUAAUCUAAAGUUGUAUGGUACAAAAUUUGUCUGCAUGAACGUAUGAAUGUCAUGAGAAAAAGAGUUUUGUUUAUCUCAUAUAUAUUAUUACUUAAAAAAUAAUAACAUUGAAAUGUGUAUGCUUCAUUUACUAUAUGUUAUACACUUGUUAUGCAACAAUCAAAUAAUUUAAAAUAAUGAUGUGCACUAAAAGGCAAGAAAAUGAGGAACCUAUAAUUUGCACUUUACUUCAAGAAGAUCCUCUUAGAGAACUGUUUGAAGCAUGUAAAUCAGGUGAUCUCAAUAAAGUCAGACGUCAAAUUAAUGCAGAUACUGUAAAUGCCAGAGAUACUACAGGCAGAAAAAGUACACCUCUUCAUUUUGCAGCAGGUUUUGGCCGUCGUGACAUUGUUGAGUUAUUAUUAGCUGCAGGAGCUUCAAUACAAGCUCGUGAUGAUGGUGGACUUCAUCCUUUACAUAAUGCUUGUUCGUUUGGCCAUGCAGAUGUAGUAGGUUUAUUACUUGAAGCAGGAGCCGAUCCUAAUACUAGAGAUAAUUGGAAUUAUACUCCUCUUCAUGAAGCCGCUAUUAAAGGAAAAAUUGAAAUAUGCAUUGCUCUAUUGCAACAUGGUGCUGAUCCCACAAUACGCAACUCAGAUAAUAAAACACCUGUAGAAUUAGCUCAAGCUAAUGGAGUACCUGGUAUUAGUGAUGUGUUAGGAGGAGAAUGGCGUAAAGAAGAAAUUUUAGAAGCUAGCCGUUCUGGAGAUGAUGUUAAACUUUCAUCACUUUUAACACCUCUUAAUGUAAACUGUCAUGCGAGUGAUGGUCGUAAAUCUACACCUUUACAUUUAGCUGCUGGUUUUAAUCGUGUCCGUUGUGUUCAGCUACUUCUUAGGCAUGGUGCUGAUGUACACGCUAAAGACAAAGGGGGUCUUGUACCUUUACAUAAUGCUUGCUCAUAUGGUCAUAUUGAAGUAACUGAAAUGCUUAUAAAACAUGGAGCUUGUGUAAAUGCUAUGGAUUUAUGGCAAUUUACACCUUUGCAUGAGGCUGCUUCUAAAUCACGUGUUGAAGUAUGUUCAUUAUUAUUAAGCAAAGGAGCUGAUCCUACAUUAGUAAAUUGUCAUUCCAAGUCUGCAAUAGAUUUAGCUGCAACUAGAGAACUUCAAGAAAAAUUAUCUUAUGAAUUUAAAGGCCAUUGUUUGUUAGAAUCAUGUCGAAUAAGUGAUCUUUCAAAAGUGAAAAAGGUUUUGAACCAAGAUACUGCUAAGUUCAAACAUCCAAUAACUGGAGAAACUGCAUUUCAUGUUACAGCUGCUUCGUUAGGAUCUAAACGAAAACAAAUUAUUGAGCUAUUGGCACGAAAAGGAGCUCAACUAAAUGAAGUCAAUAAAGAAUUACUUACCCCAUUACACAUAGCUGCAGAUUAUGGACAUUUUGAUGUUAUGGAAACUCUUAUAAGACUUGGUGCUAGAGUUAAUGCUAUUGAUGUACAUGGUCAAACAGCAUUGCAUAGAUGUGCAAGGAAUGAUAAUAUUCAAGGCUGUAAAAUUCUUUUAUCCUAUAAUGUGGACACCAGUAUUACAUCUGCACAAGGUUUUAAAGCUAUUGAUGUGGCUACAGAUAAUGUUAAAAAAAUAUUACAAGGUAUUUUUUUCUUUUAUUUAAUUUUAUUAUCACCUUUUUUAAUUUUAAUAAUUAACAAAAAACAAAUUUCAGAACCUCCUGCAAUUUUAGAUUUAGAAUCGGAACUAUUAGAAGCAUCAAAAUCUGGAGAUCUAGAAAAAGUACAAAAAUUACUCACUGCUUAUCCUAAUAUUGUUAACUGUCGUGAUUUAGAUGGAAGACAUUCCACACCACUUCAUUUUGCUGCUGGUUACAAUCGGGUUGUAGUUUGUCAAUACCUCUUAGCCCAUGGUGCUGAUGUCCAUGCAAAAGAUAAAGGUGGACUAGUACCAUUACACAAUGCAUGUUCCUAUGGACAUUUUGAAGUAACUGAUAUGUUAAUUAAACAUGGUGCUAAUGUUAAUGUUUCUGAUUUAUGGAAAUUCACACCACUUCACGAAGCUGCAGCUAAGGGAAAAUAUGAAAUUGUUCGAUUAUUGCUACAACAUGGUGCUGAUGAUACAAAAAAAAACCGUGAUGGGCAUACUCCUUUGGACUUAGUUAGAGAUACAGAUAAUGAUGUAGCAGAUUUAUUAAGAGGUAAUGCAGCUUUAUUAGAUGCAGCUAAAAAAGGUAUACUGGCAAGAGUCCAAAGACUUGUUACCACUGAAAAUAUUAACUGUCGAGAUAGUCAAGGAAGGAAUUCUACUCCUCUCCAUUUAGCAGCUGGAUAUAAUAAUUUAGAAGUAGCAGAAUUUUUAUUAGAACAAGGUGCUGAUGUUAAUGCUCAAGACAAAGGAGGUUUAAUUCCAUUACAUAAUGCUUCUUCUUAUGGUCAUUUAGAUCUUGCUGCACUUUUAAUAAAAUAUAAUACAGCCGUUAAUGCAACUGAUAAUUGGGGUUUCACUCCUUUACAUGAGGCAGCUCAAAAAGGUCGUACCCAAUUGAGUGCACUUUUAUUAGCUCAUGGUGCUGACCCAUUCUUACGAAAUCAAGAAGGACAAACUCCAUUAGAAUUAGCCACAGCUGAAGAUGUACGAUCAUUAUUAACUGAUGCAAUGGCUAGUCAUCCUGGUGCAAAUGCAGCAGCCAAUAAUUCUCUUUUUGUUGCCACCCUUCCACCCUUGUCACCUGAAGAAAUUGCAACAGUUGUUAUGCCAUCUGGAGCAUCAGUUGCUUUGCCAAGUCCUGGAGGAUCUGGAAGAUCUUAUUUGUUAGGCUCACAAGCUGAUGGAUCAGUUAAUGGAUAUGAAAGUGCUCAUCCACAUCCUAAUUGUGCAACCUUAUCAACCAUACAGGGAUUCUUAUCCAGUUUGGGAUUAGAACAUUUAAAUGAAAUAUUUGAAAGAGAACAAAUAACUUUAGACAUUUUAGCAGAAAUGGAGCAUGAGGAUUUAAAACAAAUAGGAAUAACUGCAUAUGGUUUUAGACAUAAAUUAAUUAAAGGAAUGGAAAAACUUGUCUCAAAACAUGGUGGUGUUUGUUCAGGAUUAUCUGGUGGAAUGCCUUGCACUUUAUUAAUUGAUCUUUUAGCAGAAGAUAAAGAAUUUAUUACUGUUGAACAAGAACUACAAAGUACAAUCAGAGAACAUCGUGAUAAUGGUCAAUCCGGUGGAAUAUUUAAUAGAUACAACAUUGUUAGGAUACAAAAAAUUCAAAAUCGUAAGUUAUGGGAUCGUUAUAUGCAUAGAAAACGAGAAGUAGCAUUAGAAAAUGGAAAUCAAGCUAAUGAAAGAAUGUUAUUCCAUGGCUCGCCUUUCAUAAAUGCUAUUGUUCAAAAAGGCUUUGAUGAACGACAUGCGUAUAUUGGAGGCAUGUUUGGAGCAGGUAUAUAUUUUGCUGAAAAUUCCUCUAAAAGUAAUCAAUAUGUAUAUGGUAUUGGUGGAGGAACAGGUUGUCCUACACAUAAAGAUAGAUCUUGCUAUCAAUGUUUGAGACAUUUACUUCUUUGCCGUGUAACUCUUGGUAAAUCAUUUGUACAAUAUAAUGCAAUUAAAAUAGCUCAUGCACCUCCUGGUCAUCAUUCUGUAAUGGGAACUCCUAGUGUUGGUGGAUUAAAUUUCUCAGAAUAUGUUGUAUAUAGAGGAGAGCAGGCUUAUCCAGAAUAUUUAAUUGCUUAUCAAAUUAUGAAUCCAUCUGAAAAUAUAGAAAGUAGUUAGCCAAUUUAAGCACCUUUAUAAUAUUGUUCCUUUUUAAAAAAUGUAGUGUGAUUAUUUUUGACUUAAUUAGGUGUAAUUUUCUUCUACUUCUGAUUAUAAAUAAUUUUACAGUUCAACUAUAAUUUUUGAAAAUAUAACUAUUGCUAUUGUAAGAAUCAAUAUUCAUGUUGUGCAAUAAUAGUUAUAAAAUUUAUAUAAUUUAUUUAUUUUUAUAUAUUAUGUCUGUUUAUUAUGACAUCAUAAAAAAGUAGUCUCGGUUUUAAAUAAAAUUAUUUAUAUAAGUGAAAUAAAAUACAUUUCAA